GAUAAUCAAACAUGGCCGCGGUUUGUUUGAAUCGUCUACUGUUCGGUAAAUAUUAGUUUUAAAAUCGACAUGUUUAACUGAUGGAAACAACACAACCAUGUCCAGGGAUUAUGCAACAAAUUACUCCAUGGGGAGUGACACCUCUAAAGAUGACACUGCCAUCGCUAAUGAGCUACUGAAGCGAGUCAACUUGCCACCGGUCAAUGACCUUUCAGAAUGCACGUCAUCUAUCUUUGUUGCACUCUGCGAAGGUAUUCUGGGUGAUCCUUUGCAAGGUAUAUCCUACGUGCCAAUCACUAAAGAAGAUGAGAUCCACAAUGUCCAGUUGGUCGUUGACCACCUGGGGGACAAGGUACUCCACUGUGAUCUGUCUCACAUCGACGGUCGGGCUGUCGUUGAGGGGGAUCGAGUCGCCAUGCAGUACCUACUGGAGAUUCUACUGGGCGUCAUGGACUACAUCAUGGGAGGGAUUGACAGUGAAGGAUCGGCGACCGACUUUGAAGAUGGUGAUCUCGUCGACCCAGAUACAAUGACAAGGGGGACGGUAUCUGCCAUCACGGACGUCUUGAGGGAAGAGUUCGGACACAGAGGCGGGAAAGACAAUUAUUACGGACCACCAUCUAAUGCAUAUGAAAGGCCCUACGAAAGCCACACCAUUAGUGACAUAUCAAAACACUUAAGCCAGCCUAACAGCCAGUCAGAAGGCGACUCCACAGCUGAGCUCAUCAAGCUUGGUACGAAAGAUGCCUCGUCACGGGACGUCCCUCAACGAGACAUCCCUCAGCGAGACUUCCCUCAGCGAGACAUUCAAACCUCAGGAGCAAUCUCAGUUAGAGAUUCCUCAAGAGACAUGCCAGAUGUCCAGCCAUCAAAGAGGAUCGGUUACAUCCCUGACUCUGAUGACAGACCAAGGAAAACCUUGCCGUCAAGCCCCACAGCUUCAGGGGUUGUUGACUCGACCACUAGAUCCCCAAGCAGACAGAAAGAGGAUCUUACUCUACAGGAUUUGUCCGGCAGUUCAUUCUCAUCAGUCUCCUGGCCCAAGCCCCCACCUACUACUCAUGUAGUCUCCGACCACCAGCCGCUUAAUGAGUUUGAUAGCCUUGGUCUGAGACCAAGACCAGCCUUUACUAAGGACAGACCAGCCAGUGAUGCUUACGGGGCUACUGACAGCCUGCUAGGGAGCCUAAGAGAGGGAAGUCGACAGCACCAUAUACACACCCAUCAUCAUUAUCAUCCUCCAGUAGGCAGCAAGCCCUCCACCAGCACAGGUCCCCCAAAGUCUCCCCCACAUGCCACCCUCUCAAGACCCCCAGUGUCUGGGGGGACAUCAUCAGCGGGUAGCUCUCCAUCGACGGGAAUCGGAGAGAGAGAAGAGUACAGAGGUUCUGUGUGGCGUGAGCGUCUUGCGGCCCGGGAUACAGACCUCCCCACCUCAUCGGACUACAGACCGAGGCAGCGCUACCCAGCCACACUCCACUCCACCUACCCUGCUCCGGCUCAGCGUAGACCCACGAGCAGUGCCUCUCUCAGGGGUGGCACAUCCUCCAGACAGCAGUCACACCCACCAUCCAGACAACAAGGCAACGUCUUCAUGGAUGAUGCUGAGGAGGUUUGGAGACGGAGUGCAUCAAGACGAGAAGAGGAGCCCAUCUUACCACCCCGGCCAAGGCGAGUGGCUUUUGAAGACGACAUCAGAGACAGUUCACACAGAUCCUUCUUUCGGGAGAUCCUCGGCCCUUACACAUCUCAUGAUAGGCAUGAAAGCAGUGACAGCGAACAAGACUCGGAUAUUGACGUCUUAUCUCAGUGCAGUGACAGUGCUGUAGAUUACCAGCGACUGGGUACCAGCUAUCCAACAUCCCCCAUCCAUGACGACCGCAAAUACCUUCCCCCGAGAAGCACCACCAGGGACCAACCAAUCCGGGAACCGAGCAGCAAACAGUACGAUCUUAGACCGCGAUCUCAGCGCUCGAAAACAGCAACGCAGCGGCGACAUCCUCCUCAGAGACCCAAGAGUGUGCUGCUGCCUGUGCCGAGUAGUCGCAGUCACAGAGUGAGAUUCGAAGAGGCUCUUGAGGCAGACGCUACCGGACCGAUGGGAAGAAUCAGGAAGAAACUCAACAAGGAGAACAGAAAACAAUCCAGGCAGAAAGAGGUUCUUCGUUACGUCUAUGAAAGUAAUCUCCAAGAAGCCAAGAGUGGACUGAAGAAACAGAUAAAUAGAAAUAAGAGUGUCUUAGAUAAACAAGAUGCUGAAUACAAGAAGGUUUUCAGCGGUCCCAAGACAAGCAAGUACCAGCCAGCCACUAAAUACAACACCAAGGUCACAACAGACAGGCUUUCCCGUUCCAGAUCCAAGGCUCCGAGUUCCAAACGCAAGAGAAGUGCCUCAUCAAGUCCCACCAUGCAUCGGCACAAGAGAUUAAGCAUCGGUGAGGAUGAGAUGUUGCCGACCGUCAUGCAGGAGUUUCCAUUCCUCCACGUCUCACCUCAGACGGCUCAUGAUAUGUGGGCUAAGCAGAUGAGACAGAUGGAGCAGCUUACCAAGAUGGGGAUUGACCAGCAAUACAAGAAGACCAAGACACAGCUCAAGAUGGAGGAGGCGGAGAAGCGCCAAGACGUCCUUCUGCGGAUCAUGAAGAAGGAGCUCGGACACAACCAGAGAAUGAGAGAGAUCAAGGAGACGCAAGCCAAAGACCGAGCCGUCCAGACCAAGGUACAGGAACAGCGACAGGUCAACGCCCGAGCCCGUCGCUACUACGAGGAAUUCCGCCUUCGUUCUAAAUCACGGAUGAUGAAGAGAAAGACUCGAGAAGAGCAGAUCUUUAAGCGACUCUUUGAGGACGGUCUGAAAAUCCAGAAAGCUCGAAUCCAUGACUUGAGAAACUACGCCCGGGAAAAGCGAGAAGAGUCAUCCCGAAGACAGCAGGACGAGAUAGACUCGCUGGAAAAUUACUAUCGUAACCAGUUUAGUAUGCUAGCUGAAGCCAUCGCUACUGAGAGAUACGAGCUGCAGGUCAGAGACACGGCACAGACAAAGGUGAUGGAGAGGAUGAAGAGGGACAUGAGACGGAAGAUGGAGCAGGAGAUCCGAGACGUCCAAGAGCAGAUGUACCAAGAUGAAGACACAGAAUACUUCAGGCAGCUGGAGGCCGACAGGUUGAGAGGGGAUCUACAGGUGGCGUCUUACAAGACAAUGAUUUAAGGAUUACAAGAUUAACUGUAGAUCAAGAAGGAUUUAAGGGAGCAUCGCGAAAGUGCAGCAUGUUCCAGGAGCGAAGAAACGUUCCCAAGGACUAAACUUUUUUUAGUGACUGGCCAGCAGGACCAGUAAGCUUGUCAUUUCCACUAGUCUGCCAGCUUUUUUACUAGUCAAUAUUUUAAAUGAAAUAGGGAUGCCUUUUAACACUGAACUAGCCAGUGAACUAACGAGGUGUUCUUAAAGGUAGGUGUUCUUAAAGGUAGUGGACACUAUUGGUAAUUACUCAAAAUAAUCAUUAGCAUAAAACCUUUCUUGGUGACUAGUAAUGGG